AUGGGCGCAGGCCCAGCGGCCGGAUUCUGGCCACCCGACAAACUGAUUCUCAAUGUGUGUUUCCUAAACGGAGGCGAUUAUGAACAAAGCACGGUCAAAUCCUUGGUCAGAACGCAUUAUAAUUCUAUCCCGAUGCGCCUCCGCUUCAAAUUCCGGGACACAAGCCCUCCCGACAUUCGUAUUCUAUUCACAGACAAUUCCAAAUCCUAUAUCGGACGUCAAGCCGAGGCCUACCCAGACCAGCCCACCAUGUGGCUGAACAUGCAUCCUAGAUUGCACACGCAGGACGCGGUCCGAGAUAAAGUGCAAUUCGACGUGCUGCACGAGUUCGGACAUGCUUUGGGUCUGAUACACGAGCAUAAGCACCCCCAUUGCAAGGCCAAGUGGAACUACAGCCAGCUUAUGGAUAACAAUGGGUGGGGGUUGGAUACGGUGCGUCACAACUACAAUGACGAUACGCAUAGCGCCGUCAACGCCAGGUGGGAUAGGCCAUAUGAUCGAAAGUCGAUUAUGCACUACGCUAUCGCGAGGGGAGAUACACAGAGCGGGUUGAUGAAUAUUCCUCAGAAUAUUGUGCUUUCUGAAAGCGACAAGGAGACUUUGGGGUUGAUCUACCCAUCGGUUGAAGUUGUGAAACACCACCCCACGGUGUCUAAAGAGUCGUCGAAGAAGUAUGAGAAGGAGAAGAGGGAGAAGAAGUCCAAAGAGUCCGCGAAGAAAGAUAAGUAUGAGAAGGAGAAGAAGUCCAAAGAAUCCUCAAAGAAAGAUAAGAGGGAGAAGGAGAUGCGUCUUACGAAGUCAGAGCCCCGGCAAGAAUGGGAUGUGAGCUUGAACAACCAUAUGGGGGUUUACGGAUGCUACCAGGGGCCAAAUGGCGCGUGUUCGGCCGUCAUCCACGGUCCCGGCCAUGUCUUCGUCUCUGGUAAUGGCAACAUGUUUGUCUAUGGCAAUAGCACUGUCUGGGCCAGCGGAAAUACCCGUGUCUAUGUCAAUGGGAGUGGCUCUGCAAGGGUGAGUGGGAAUGCCACGGUCGAGUUCACGGGCACAGGCAGAGGAGAUGUCACUGAGAAUGCUUCUAUUCGUUGGUAUCUCUGA